CCACAUAAGCAGUUUUCUCGCGACAUGCUGUCUCUCAGUCCCAAAUAUUAAAAGAUCGGGCGAGAAACCCCUGCAAGUGGAAAUCUCCGAGCUCUUCCAUUCCUCGGUCUGGUUCCGUUCCAAUCACGGUGGCUCCUUCAGCUCCGCCGGUCGUCUCGCGAAGAAAGCCGCCUUCGCCGUCUUCUUCUUCAGUUGAUUCGCCGUCUUCGAAACCUCACUCUAUAAGAAUCGCGGACAGAGAGCCGGUACCUUUCUGGCAGCAGAAUUGGUUCAUCGGGCUGCUCUUCGUCAUGGCUCUCGCGUGCUUCGGUCUCGCAGUGUUUCUCUUCCUCAACCUCGAUAUAGAUCAGGCCUCCUUCUCCCCUGCCUCCGCCGCUUCAUCUUCUUCUUCCUCGACUUCUCAAGGGGUUGAGAUUACGUAUGGCUCAGUUUUGAAGUUGAUGCACGAGAAGACAAAGUACCGUCUGCAUUCCCACGAGGUGCCUUAUGGAUCCGGCAGUGGGCAGCAAUCUGUUACAGGAUACCCUAAUGUCGAUGAUUCCAAUAGCUAUUGGAUUGUGAGGCCUGUGCCGGACACUAAUGCCAAACAAGGCGACACCAUAACAGCUGGGACGGUAUUCCGUUUGCAGCACAUGAAAACAAGAAAAUGGAUGCACAGCCAUUUGCAUGCCUCCCCAAUAUCUGGCAACCUUGAGGUUAGCUGUUUUGGUGGUGAAAACGAAUCUGAUACAGGAGACCAUUGGAGACUUGUUAUUGAAGGUGGUGAAAAGACAUGGAAACAAAAUCAAAGAGUUCGAUUGCAUCAUGUUGACACCGGUGGCUACCUACACAGUCACGACAAGAAGUACCAGAGAAUAGCUGGGGGACAGCAAGAGGUUUGUGCUGUUCGAGAAAAGCGUGCCGACAACAUAUGGUUAGCUGCAGAAGGUGUGUAUCUUCCCGUGGCUGGCAGCAAGUAGAAGGACAAAUGCUUCUGACAUUAGCAUAAAACAGGUGCAUGGUGGUGCUGUUUCUGAAUUCUUCAGGUCCCUAGUUGCCUCUGCCUGCUCCAUAUAAGGCAUUAGAUUUCCAUUGUUCGCAGAGUAUGUUAAAACAGAUGACUAUAUACUACAAAGCACUUCACUUUAGUUGUAAGGGUAUGAGAAUACAUAGAGGCCUUGUGUUAUAAUGUUUGAAGGUGGAUGUUGUCUGCUGUCUUAGUGAUCAUCUUUCAACCUAAGAUCGGAUUCUACUUCACGAGUCAUUGAGUAGUCAUGCUUGAACAGUCCCGUAUGCUCUGAUUUUGUCUGUGUACGAAACUCGUUCUUCAAUUAUCUCGGUUGGAGAUAUGUAUGCUGCAGGCGUUGUGUUCUUCAGAAUCCAAAUCUUUGCCAUAAACUUC